CUGAUAGGCAAUUGCAAAACACACAACUCACCAGCAGCAAUGUUCUCCUCUAUGGACGGGCACCCGGCAAUCAUCCAAAGAUGCCACAUCUCAUUGAAAAAUGCAGGGGUUUGCUGUGGUGCUGGGCUGUCCCCAUGGGCCCUGUAAGCCCUGUAGAACGCCGUGCGUAGCACCUUGAGCUUUGAGGCCACUUGCCGCCAUGACCUCUCAACCCCCAGGGCCUGCAGCCGGCGAGAGAGCCGCCGGUAAAUCCGCCGGUUUGGGUGGGAGGUGGAGCCCAUAACAAUGUUGAGAUCCACAUCCCUCUCCAAAAACUGGAAAAGGUGCUGGACCUCAACCUCCUUCCAUAUGCUCCAGGACCUGGGCAUGCUGGCAGAGGCUGGGAGCAGGCAGACAGACAAGUGCUUUCAAAAGCCUUCCUGGUUCCCCCACAGGUCCUCACGUGAGAAUUGUCCAACUUCCCCCUAAAAGUUUGUUCUUGCCAGCAGAUGGCGCUACAGGCGGCUUGUGCGCAUGCGCGAGAAAAGCGAGCGCCAUUAUUUGUUUUAGCCGGGAGUGUUCGGUUGGAAGGGUCCUUGUUGAAAUUAACGUCCCUGUAAUAUUAAAAACACCGCACGUUAUUUCGCGGAAGAGCACUCUGCCUGCGAUUGGAAAAGACACGCGGAGCAGUGAACGUUCCAUCGCGAGAGACCAUCGCCUUUCAAAGGGGAGACACACAAAGCACGUUAUAUCGCGCUGUAGCACGCUGCAUUUGAAGCAAUUCCUCCUCGACAUCCAGAAAUAACAACAUGGAACAAUCGGGUAACAGCUCACAUAGCGCCCACCAACGGAAACAUGGCCGAGGAAUAUUCUGGGAGCAUGCCCAAAUACUGGAUCUAUUAAGUAUUUGGGGCGAAGAAGAGAUUCAAAGGCAGCUCUCCAGCAACCAUCGUAAUCUUGCUGUUUAUGAAAAGAUAGCGGAUCAAUUGGCAGAGAGGGGCCAUUCCAGAACAGCUCAGGAAUGUAGGAAUAAAUGUAAAAGUUUAAAACAAAAUUAUAACGCUGUGUGCAAACAGAAUGGGCAGAGCGGGAAUGGACGACAAACCUGUCCUUACUUUUAUGAAAUGGACCAAAUCUUCCAUGGUACAAUCAGUUCAAAGCAGCAGAAAGUCCUGACUAGCUAUCCAUCCGAGGGUACAGCGGCUGCCCGGGAAGAAGCACAAGAGGUUCCCCCAGCGUUGAUUCUAACAGAAGGAGAGGAACCAGAGGUGUUGUUGACCCUCCGAUCUGUCCCGCAUGAUGAAUUGCCGCCUGUAGGCACGCCGGCCCCUCAGGAGCCACUGGAUGAGGAUCAGGAAAGUAGUGAUGGAGAAACGUUCGUGGAGGGCCUGACCAUCACACAAGAGGAAAGAGGGGGUGCCAUAGAAGGGGAAGGAACAGCGUCCAUUCCUGAUGCCCCUCCCGCCCCUCCAAGCGUACCAGAUAACGGUAGGGACAGGCGAAGAGUCGACCCUCCCCAAACAGAGCCACAGGGGGCAACUGAGGGAAGAGCAAGGAGAGGGGAGCACAUAGUGAAUGCGAUAAUCCACCAUGGGCAAAAUGAGUGGGAACUGUACAGAAAGCAGACCCGGAUUAUCGCAAAUAGGAACAUGCGCCAGAUGCAGCAGUUUAUUGAUAGCUGCAGAGCCGAGACGCAAACAUGGCACGAGCAACAGCAGUCGCUGACAGCACAAAUUGGCAGAGCAAUGGAUAUCUGUUCACAGCUUGUCGCACUGCAGGAGGAGGACUUGCAAAUGCGACGAGAGGACUUGGAACUGAGAAGGGAGGAAUUGGCUCUGCGGCGAACCCAGACUGAACUUGCUGCAGAAUACCAAAGGGCCAAAUUGGAGUUACUGCGAAGAGGAAACCAACAGCCCAAAGCAGGUGUCAGUCGCCUACGCAGGCCAUUGGGUCUGGUAAACGCUCCCAGCCAAGCCCCAAUUGCGCAGCCUCCCCCCCUGGCUGAGGAAACAGAGGAGGAAGAAAUUGUUCCUGGGUCACAAUGGACACUACCUGUCGAUACCGAAAUGAUUCCGGAGCCCGCGAGAAAAAAGAGGGUCAUAAAAAAAAAGAACCUGUAUUCACCAUCAUGACUCAUGUUUGUUGUACGUCACCCAUCAGACUUGUUUCUAUUACAUGCUCAUUUUACAAGAUAUGUUGUGUUAUGUUAUGUUUGCACCAGUAAACUUUAGUAAAAUCAA